GGGAGAGGGGGCGGAGGCAACACCGGGUCUGCCGGGGAGGGGGGGAUUGGGCCUGGCUGGGCCCAGCCGGAGCCUCCUGCAGCCUGGACCGUCUGUGCGGGGAGAACGCCCCCUCCCCGUGGGCCCAGCCCAAGCCCGGCCCCGCCUGGCCAUGGGCAACGCGGCCACGGCCAAGAAAGGCGGCGAGAUUGAGAGUGUGAAGGAGUUUCUUGUAAAAGCCAAAGAAGAAUUCCUUAAGAAAUGGGAGAAUCCGUCACAGAACACAUCCAGUUUGGAUCAUUUCGACCGGCUCAAGACCCUGGGUACAGGCUCUUUCGGGAGGGUGAUGCUUGUGAAGCACAAGGACUCUGGAAAUUAUUUUGCCAUGAAAAUCCUUGAUAAGCAGAAAGUUGUUAAACUGAAGCAGAUUGAGCACACCCUCAAUGAAAAACGCAUUCUUCAGGCUGUGAACUUCCCAUUUCUUGUCAGGCUAGAGUAUUCUUUCAAGGAUAAUUCAAAUCUGUACAUGGUGAUGGAAUACGUCCCAGGUGGUGAGAUGUUCUCCCACCUACGACGGAUUGGCAGGUUCAGUGAACCUCAUGCCCGGUUCUAUGCCGCUCAGAUUGUGUUGACUUUUGAGUACCUGCACUCAUUAGAUCUUAUCUACCGAGACUUGAAGCCUGAAAAUCUCCUCAUUGACCAGCAGGGAUAUAUUGAGGUCACAGAUUUUGGCUUUGCCAAACGAGUGAAAGGCCGAACAUGGACCCUUUGCGGGACUCCAGAAUAUUUGGCUCCUGAAAUCAUUUUGAGUAAGGGUUAUAACAAAGCAGUGGAUUGGUGGGCUCUUGGUGUCCUCAUCUACGAGAUGGCAGCUGGUUAUCCUCCAUUCUUUGCAGACCAGCCCAUUCAGAUUUAUGAGAAAAUUGUCUCUGGGAAGGUCCGCUUCCCAUCCCACUUCAGCUCAGAUCUAAAGGACCUGUUGCGUAACCUGCUACAGGUAGACCUCACCAAACGCUUUGGCAACCUCAAAAAUGGAGUCAACGACAUCAAGAAUCACAAGUGGUUUGCAACCACCGAUUGGAUUGCCAUCUACCAACGGAAGGUGGAAGCUCCUUUUAUACCAAAGUGCAAAGGACCUGGCGACACAAGUAACUUUGAUGACUAUGAGGAAGAGGAGAUCCGGGUGUCUAUCACUGAAAAAUGCGCCAAGGAGUUUACAGAAUUUUAGGGCCAGCCCCCUUUGCUUUGUGUGCCCAGGAAAAGAAAGGGCUGGAUUUGAUCAGCCUCAAGGGCCAGAGUUCCUUGCCUAUUUGUUAAUUUUGGGAGG